CUGACACUUGUCAGUGACUUGAUGCAAUUUGCUGGGUUCCUUAUAUAGGAAAAAUUAUUUCUGAUUGGCUUAAUGAACUGUCCUGAAUUGGAAUGUUUAUUAUGUGAAGUGCCUUGAGACGACUCUUGUCGUGAUUUGGCGCUAUAUAAAUAAACUUGAAUUGAAUUGUUCUAUCAAAAAAGAAAAACAAGGUGGCUAAAUAAAUGAUGAGUUAGGGAAGAUUGGCUGAUAAUCUUCACUAAUUGUAAAGUCUUGCGGGUGGGCCUAGAAAAAUGCACCUAGCAGUCAAAUCCAUGAAGCAGGAACAAAGCAGUUUUUCGCGGGCUCAUAGGUGCCAAAGGACUAUACCAAAGGGGUGGACUACACUAAAACGGUCUUUAACUUAUAUAGAAAUGUACUUUUUAAAAGGGAAAUACAGGAAUUAUAGUUUUUAACUGAUAAUUUAUAGUUCACUACAUCCCACCAUUUUGUAGUCAAUUAUGUAAAACAUGAUACAAUUUUGAAAGUUUUAUGGAGACUGAUUUGGUCUGCCCCCUCACUGCCCUCGUGUGGUCGCGUCUGUCCUGAGCUUCAGAAGCGCGAACAAACAGGUUUGGACUGGAUUCAGCUCAUAUGUACAGUCUAUGAUUCAGCUGCUAAGGUAAAGGCACAGAUGAAAGGAACACAAGAAAAUCAUGGAUGGAUUGGAUGAUUUUACAGUAUCGAUUCUAAAUGAUUCUGAGAUUGGAGAUUAUAUAUCAGGAGGAGGUUUGUUAAUAAUUAAAGGGUGUUUACAUCUGCCAACAUAGAUGAGGUCUCGCUCCAAACCCUCAGUCGUGAUGAUUUAAGAGAUCUUUUCCCUGGGCCAGAGAACUUUCAGAGGAGGAAACAGUUGUGGGCUCAUGUUCACUACGAGGAUGAGACUCACCUUACCAGACACAGCUAAAUCUGGUAAAACAGGAACUGUGUCCUCACCCCAAGGAACUCCUCGAUCUCCCCAGACAUCCACUCCUUUGAUAAAACACAACCCUCAGAAGACCAUACAGCUUCCCAGUCCUCCUGAAUAUGUGAUAUAUACAGACAGUGAACUGGAGCUAGCUCGUAAGCACUAUUUUGAGAUGGCCCGCACUGGUAGAGAGAGGGAAGUUGCCAUGUCCAAAGAGCUGAGGUGCAGGCUGGUGAGGAACACUGUCACCAGUAUGAUUUCAAUCCUAAGAGCAAGUCCACAAGGAGAGGAAUACCUGUACCUUCCAAGCAUGAAGUUACUGCCAUGGCUAAGAAGAUCGUGGAGUAUUAUCCAAUGCUACAGGAUAAAGACUUGCCAUCUAAAUAUAUGGGCAUUUACAGUUAUCUACACAAGAGAAUCCUGAAUGCCAAGUCUCCUCAAAAGAGGCAGGGGCCCACUCCAGAAAGGGGCCGUUUAAAAAAAAGACGUCGCAUUGAGUUCUCACCACCUGACCAGGAAGAAGAUAAUGAUGCUGAGUCAUGUGGUGGAUCAACUGUUCUCGCUUUACCAAGGAGCAGUUCUGAUAGUGACAAUUCCUCUGACAAGGAUAGUCGAGUAACGCAGGCCAGGCAUUACAAGACUCUGCAGGCAAUGUAUAAGAAGCCAAAGCCCAACCAAGAUGCUGUCCGGCAAAUCCUUGACCUUGAGUUUCAAUCGAGACGAGCCUUCAUUGACAGUGAUGUUCUGAAAGAAGAGGAAAGAGCCGGAAAGAUUCUCAAGGCAUACCCAUGUUUCAAAGAGCUUUACAAUGUGAUGGACGAGCUGAGGCGCAUCCUGGAUAAAGGCAACUGCACAUUCCUGACAGAAUUAAAGAAGCGAUGGGAUGACUUCUGCUCCACAGUUCAGUUUUACGGUGUUUGGAAGAAGGUGUUGAAGCCACCCAUGAACUUGGAUAAAGUGAAACACAACAUAGCCCUGUUCAGGGUACUCCCCAUGCUCUUCCCAUCACCAGCUGUACCCCCCAAGAAGCUGGGACAUGCCAGUGAGGCAUUAAUUCAUGUCCUUCAGCACAGAGAGCCGCAUCAGAUGGAUGGAAGAGCCGCGGGUUGUGACAUGUUUUCUCCAGGACCAGAGAGGACGCAAACUCAUUACAUCUCUUCUAUUGUGAGCCAACAGAAGAUCCAGCCAUGUACCUCCAGAAGAGUUCCAUCUUGGGCCCAGUUUUGCUGUUGGGUCAUCCUGUCUUGUGGCACUGGAAACCACUCCCAUCACCACAUUUGCAAAAGAAGACCUCGGUCAAGGUUUGCUGUAUCUAAUGUACAUGGUUUAGGAAACCAAUAUUAGUUGAGGCUAUAAAAACGAAAAUAGAGGUUAAGUUGCUGAAAUGAAUAAAUAUUAUGGUAGUAGAAGUUAGAAGGUCAGUAUUAAUCUAAUAACAACAUUUAGAUUUUACUUUCAUAGAAAAUAGCAAGACUUUAAAACUCAAGGUUUAUGAGACCAUCAAAAAUGGUCUCAUAAACAUAUUGGUUUCAUAAUGCUGGUGAGUAACCUGAAAAAUUGGGCUUGCUCACCAUAUCCACACACACACACACACACACACACACACACACACACACACACACACACACACACACACACACACACACACACACACACACACACACACACACACACACACACACACAGUGACACAUACACUGUGGUCCAUUAUUGAGGACCACUGCUCUAGUGUGUUGUUGCAGAGAAACCACCAAAACAUGCUGGAUACCGACCCUCCACACCUGGAAUUGAAUACCCCUAUUCUUUGGUAUGUACACCUCUUCACCACUUAUCAAAUCAUCUUGUUGGUUGUACGUAUCCUUUCCUAUCCUCAUCCUUCAGUUAUUUAUUUUUAUAGUAUAUUUGAGGUCAGGUCACCUGCCUCCUGAAUUAUACUAGGGAUGCACCGAUCAGGUUUUUUGCUGCCGAUCACCGAUACCGAUAUCAAAGAAUGCUGAUCACCGAUACCGAUCACCGUUACCGAUCACGUGGAUUGGCCAGAAAUUUUCUACAACAUUAUAAUGAGUGCUACAAACUACAUAAUCUGGGAAUAAAGGAAAUGUAACCUAAUCUAAAAUGGUCUGUAUUAGGGUUGUCACGGUGUGAAAAUUUAACCUCACUGUUAUUGUGACCAAAAUUACCACGGUUUUCGGUAUUAUCGCGGUAUUUUUUUAAAUGUGCUACAUUUUCACACAAUUAAAUAAACCCUGUAUGUCAGGAAAUAUUGUCCUCAGUUUGUGUCUAAAUUUUGCCUAAAAUGUGUUAUUUUGUAAUUAUGUUGUUCAUUUGUUUACAUGUUUCCCCUUUAGCCUUUAAAAUACCAAUAUUUGUCCAUAACUUCUUAUUUUAUGUCUGUUUGAUGUCAUCAUUUUAAAAAUAUUAGAUCAGAUGAUACUUAGUACUCAAGUAGCCUUCUAAUCAGAUACUUUUUUACCCUUACUUGAGUAAUAAACCCUAUAUCAGGAGAAUAUUGUCCUCGGUUUGUGUCCUUCCAGUGAGCUUUGCAGAUGUGGGAAAAUGUCAUCAGGCAGUAAUCGUUGUUAAAUUCAUAAUUAUUCUCGGAGAGAGACCAACUCUUAUCUGCCCCUGGGAGCCCCGUAAUGCAUAGCGUCAUUUCAACAUGGGGGUGUCCGCGACACGGUUUAUAUGCAGGUAGCGGCGCUGCGGCUGCUUUAUAUAGCGACUCGUUGCAUUCUCCCUCAACCCAAAUCCUCGGAUCACGCAUUUUAGCUAAAACGCUAACGUUAACUUGCCUUGCGUUGACUGUAGAGUUGUGGGUGAUGGUCACGCAGAUGUGUCAUGAGAUUUGAAGCGUUGCUGCCUUUCACAGACACUUUUUCUGCUCGCGCUGCAAACAGGAUAGCCGUCCGUCCGUCUUCUAUAAACUCCCUCGGCAUUCUUCAAAUAUCUAAAAUAUGCCCGUACUUCCGACUUUGUCUUCUUUGAGGGAUAAUAAAUGUCCUCCUGAGCGCUGCCGUCUCCUUCUUUCACCAUUAUUUCAGCUUUAGCUUCAAGAAAGUUUUGUUGUAAACAAAGCGUGCACGUGCCGCCGGCAACUUCAGCCGAUGAUACGGUGGCUGGUAAGGGUCACCGCGCCUACACCGCAGCCACGGUAAACCCACCAAGAUAAUAUAGUUUUUUAAAAACAAGACGGUUAAUAUUAUUGUCAACUUUUUCUUUUUUUUUUUAACGGGGUUUACCGCUACACUGGUUACCGUGACAACCCUACCUGAUCGGUUUGCUUUGAUCUAUUUUGAAAAUUCCGAUCAAAACCGAUAGGGGCGCUAUCGGCCGAUUACGAUCAAAUGCCGAUCCAUCGGUGCAUCCCUAAAUUAUACACCCUCAUCAAAAAUUCUACACCAACACAUUUGUGACACGUUUCCUCAGAUGACUGAAUCAUAUUUCUAGAAACAAGAUCUGCACCAACCAAUGUGGGUCAGGUUUUGUUCCUAAAUGUUUGUUUAAACAGAAUCAUCAGAUUCAAAAUGGAAACUUUACAUAGGAAGCAGGUAAACUCAUUCAGAGCAUAGCUGUGACUUCAACAUAAAGGUCAAAAUGAGAUUCCACAUCAGGAAAGGACAUAUUCGGUGAGAGGUUUCCCUCUAGUGGAAAACACGUACCCACAGCCUUUAAAUUAUGUGCUGCUUAGAACACACUUUUAGUAAAACAGUCUUUAUUUUACAAAAGCUGCAUUUGAAAAGUUUUUAAUUUGAGUUUGGUUGUGUGUUUUUAUUUUUUUAUUUUGGCAAAUUGUUUUCCAUUAAUAUAAAAGAGAAUAGCAAAGCAUGUCUGGACACGACAUCUUUGAGAUGCAAAAAAACAUUAAGAGAAGAACUGCACAGAGUUCAUAAUACUGAGUGACCACCCAUUUAAACACUUAUUGACCCAUUUUAACCUUUGGACAACUCUGACAUUUCUUAUAAUGGGCAGUCAUGUCCUCAGCCCUGUUCAGUUUAUCUGUCUGCUAUCCAGAAUAAUACCUGCAAUAGAAAUAUAAGUAAAAUCUUCCUUAAGUCCAACAUCAGUUCUUCAGUCUGUACCUGUAAGAUGCGGGUGAUUCUGCUAACACCAUUCUAACUGUAUGUGGGUACAUUUGGUGCAAUAACAUUUGUGUUUUGUUCUUAGGAACUUGAAGUCACAGAGAAAUUUUCAGAAAAAUCCUCUUUAUUCUGCUCUCCUGACAUAUUCCACCUUCCUCAGGAUCCACUGAUUUCCCUCUUUCCGAUUCACUCGCUCUCUUUCUUUACAUUUUUAUAAUCACAAUAGUCUAUUUUUUGCUCCUUUUAAAUAUAUUUUAAACCAUUUUCUAAAUUCUUUGUUAUAUUUUUACAUUUUUUGUUUUUGUGAAGCGCCUCGUGAUUUUUAUCUUGAGAGGCGCUAUAGAAAUUAUAUUUUCUUCUUCUUUUCUUCUUCUAUCUUUCACAGGUACAAAACAGCUACACCUAUUCAAAAUCUUAGGUACGAGUACACAAAAUUCAUUCUUUGAGUCACACAUCAAAAAAAUCUUAAAGUUUUGCCCCAGUUGUUGCAAAAUAUCUGGUGCAAAAACAUUUGUGUCUCGACUCUGGGAACUUGAAUUCACAGAGAAACAAUCUAGAAAUAAACUAUCAUUCACAGGUACAAAACAACAGCUUCACCUAUUCAAAAUCUUUGUUUCAAGUACACAAAUUGUAUUUGUUGAGUCACACUGCUCUAGUUAUGAGUCUAGAUAUGUGCUACAUGACAGAACGAGGUGCUCUCGUCCAGCAGCAGCCAGUGUAUAACUAAAUAAUGCGAGCAGUUACCAAGAAAAAUUUCUUAAAGUUAAUGUAGACAUUUUAUCGGGUGGAUCUUUGGUCCCCAUAACUGUCAAUCAUUCUGCUGAAGCCGUUACACAAGGCCGUCAUACGUGCUUGCUCCUCCUUCCCAGGUUAGUUUUCACGACGUGCACAUUUGCAUCUGUUUAUAUUUGUUCUAUCCCUCCGUUCGCACUGAAUUAUUUUGAAAAUGUCUGAAAGUCACAAGAAAAAAGGUGUUUAAGUCUGCAAUAAGAAGAGAAAGGCAUCAAAAGCGGGAAAUAUUACCAGAGUUUUUUAAGAGACUCUUUUCAAUGAUGGCGUGUGCUGAAAGAGAAGGUUGGGCUCUCCACAGACGCCACUGUUGACAGGUGUGCUAAAGUUCAGCAUUCUGUCUGGAGAAAUGCAUUACAGAUUACUGCUAGAAGUGGUGAGUGCAAGGCCGGCAGCUGCUUGUAAACAGAGCGUGCACGAUAGAGUGGUGUACGUGCACAUUUUUCAGAACGUGGAGAGGGCGGUUCUCUCCUGAAAAUCAAAAAGAACGUCCGUGUCACCUUUAAGAGAAGGUUUAGAAUACAUAACAAGGUCAUUAUGUAAACAAGGCAAGUGAAGGCACUAAUUAGUGAAAUAUAAACAGUAGCAGCUAGGGCUCCACAAUGUAUCGAAAAAUUAUCGUCAUCGGGAUAACAGGACGUGUGACAGGCCCAUCGCAAAGCACGUCAAAAAUGGCGAUAAAUGUUUGGUUCAAACAUUUCCAUCCAUGUCAUACAUCAACUUUUUGUAAACCAGCUGUUUUUUACGCGGAAGUAUUAUUUGACCAAUCAAAUGUAGCCCUUCUGUUAUGCGGCCAAUCAGAUGGGUCCGUUCACGUAAUACGCCCGCCCCCUACGUAGACCCUUAGGAUGGAAAGCAACACCCGAACUGAGUUAGCGGUGCCGUUCCUUUGUUCUUCAUGCAGGCUCAGAGCAACGAACACACUUUGUGCUGAGGUUUCUGGAAUAAGCGCUGCUUUCCAAAGUGAACGUGAGUCCGCUCGGUGUCGUUUAUCAUUUUUACCGGGCUGACUCCGACACGUGCCGGUGAACCAACCCACCUUCAUGUCGCUAGUGUUCCACCGGGUGGUGAUGUUAGCCCCAGGCUCUGGAUAGCUUCCAGCUAAAAGGCUUCAAAAAGUAGCCAUCUUAAAAUAAGCUAAAAAAUAGUUGAAUUUAGUCUGAAUGCCCUUAAAUUAAGUGAAAUAAUCUGCCAGUGCAGCAAGAUAAUUGCACUUGGUAAGACUUCUUGAAAUAAGAAAAAAUAUCUACGCUUUAGACAAGUGACACAUGUCUUAAUACAAAUAGUGAAACACUAAUUUCAAGUGCAAAAUUAAAUAAAAUUAACUCAACUAGCCUGUUGGUGCUUUUUUCAGUUUUUUUUAUCCCUCCCAUGUUGAGAUGAAAAAUCUUGGAACAAGCAACUGUACAAGAUUAAUCUUCUGCAAUCAAGAAGCAUUAAUCGGUUUUGUUUUAAAUCAAGACAAAGAUUUUAUAAUAAAAGAAAUAAGGCACAGAGUGUAAUAAACAACCUUUAUUUGAAAUUUCUUUUCAAAUGUCAAAACAUUUUUCAAACAUCGUACAGAUCAACGACUUUCUUAACAAAUCUUUUUUUUUUUUUUUUUUUUUACCGUGUCCUGUCUGGCUGUGAAGCAAGCAGAAUUGAUGUCUGAAUGCUGGUGACAAGCCUUACAGAUUUAUUCUCAGGUGGGUCAUCAAAGCAUUUGCUUUUAAUGUCACGCCUGAUACUUAAAACUUUAUUGUUAUUGUUGUUGAAUGCUUUGUAAUUCCGACCAGACACGGAGACAGAGGUGAAAGAGAGAGGAAAAGAAAAGGU